UUCUUUUUCACUUGACUUCCUUCUUCUCCCAGAGCGGGCCUCUUCCCUUUCCAUGGAUUUCGCUGGAUUUGGCCCAAGGUGAAGACUCUUGGUCUACCUUGAGGUUCCUUGUCUUCUUGGUCAAUCUCCAUUUUUAAGUCUCCCCACCCCACCCCACCCAACCCUCCACCGAAUGGGCCGAUUCUGAAGAUGCCCGACAAGAGUGGGGUCUUCUCACCGGCAUCUAUCACCUUCUCCUUGGCUAUGCUUUUGGAGCUAAUCUUGAAAACCAGAAGCUUCAGUCCCUGUCUGGAGGUAGUUCCGGGUCACUCGUACAGAUGCAUGGAGCUGAACCUCACUCAGAUCCCUGGAGGUAUCCCAAACACCACCCAGAGCUUGGAUCUCAGUUUCAACCCGCUGAAAAUCCUGCACGCCAAUUAUUUCGCGGCAAUCUUCGCGCUGCAAUUUCUGGACCUCGCUAGGUGUCAUCUCUGGAAGAUUGAAGACAAUGCCUUUAUGGGACUCAACAGCCUUUCGGUCUUGGUCCUGACAGGUAAUCCCCUCCAGAUCUUGGGACCGAGGGCUUUCCACAACUUACCUUCUUUGCAAAGAUUCGUUGCUGUCGAAAUCCAUUUGUUCUCGUUGGCCACGUUGCCCAUCGGGCACCUGGCUUCGCUCCACGAGCUGAAUCUGAGCCACAACCACAUCGAUUCCUUGAAGCUCCCUGGCUACUUCUCCCACCUAAUCUUUCUCCGGUGCCUGAACUUCCAAUUAAACGAGAUCUCCUCCAUCUCGGUAGGAGAUUUAGAUGCUUUGGCAAGCCGGAACUUGACGCUGGUGCUAUCCAGGAACGAUAUAAAAUAUAUCGAACGGAACGCUUUCGCGAGACUUCACCUCCAGCGACUGGUUUUGAGAGGCUGCUUUGAGGACAGCGCCGUUAUGCAAGCCAGCAUCCAGAACAUGUCCGGUUUGCAUGUCAACAGUUUAUGGUUAGGAGAAUACAGAGAUAUCAGCAAAGUGGGAUCCAUUGACAAACCCCUUUUAGAUGUCCUGUGUCACUUGCGUUUACAGGAGCUCACUGUCAUCGAAAUGGACUCUCUAGAAAAUGGAAGCACCCUCUCACCUUGCCUCAACAAUAUUUCCAGGGUUCGGGUGGUCCAUACUAACGUCAAUGAAGUCUUUAAGUAUCCAAACAACUCCAGUAUUUCCCAACUGGAGUUCAAGAACUGUGGACUGGACGCGGUACCUGCUGAGAAGCUCUCUUCCUUAACGAAGCUAAGAGUGCUUCGCAUCACUCACAAUAAAGACCUCAGAUACUUCGAGGAGUAUUUCAAAGGCCUCCAAAACCUGGAGACCUUGGACCUCAGCGUUAACAGGCUGGUCACUCACCUGUCCUGGGUUGACCUCCUGGAGGGAGCUCCCAAUCUGAAACACUUGAACCUCAGCUUCAACACGGAAAUCAGGUUAGAAAUUGAAUGUGGUGGGCCAGCCAAGCUGGAAUAUUUGGAUUUCCAACACACUGCCCUCGCCUCGCCUGGGACCGUUCCUUCAUUUUUCUGUCUCAACCGUCUCAUUUAUCUCGAUAUUUCGUACACGGAUACCACGGUGAUCGCUCAGUGUUCGUUCUGUGGCUUGCACAACCUGCGCGUGCUCAAAAUGGCGGGCAACAGCUUCGCAAACAAUCAGUUGGUUGACAAUUUCCGGAAUCUCACCAAGUUGCACUUUUUAGACAUUUCCAAUUGCCAACUCAGACAUAUAUCUCUCAGCAGUUUAACCUCCCUCCGUGAACUCCAGCUGUUGAACGUCAGCCACAAUAAACUGCUAGGUCUCCAUCCGGAGACCUACGUCCACACACCUCUUCUUACCACCUUGGAUUUUCACAACAACCAGUUGGCUGCUUUGACGGAGGAAGAUCUUAAGAACUUGCCUGCUAGCCUGAAACACCUGGACCUUUCUGAGAAUCUUUUUGAUUGCUCUUGCGAUCACGCGAGUUUCUUGCGGUGGGCAAAAAACUCCUCGUCCCUCCUUCGGAAUGUCCAAAAGAUGGUCUGCUAUAGCCCUUCGGACUUGAAAAAUGUGCAAGUGAUGGAUUUUGUCCUGGCGUCCUGCGAGAUCAACACAACCACAGUGGCUGUGUCAGUGACCGUCGUCGUGGUUCUUAUUGUCAUCUCGAUUCUGUGUUACAAAUAUUAUUUCUACCUCUACUACGUCAUGGUGCUCUUUGUGGGAAACAGGUUCUCGGAUGAGAAGGAAACCGUCUACGAUGCGUUUGUGAUCUUCUCCAGUAAGGACCAGGAAUGGGUGAAACAAGAACUGCAGCAACCUCUGGAAGAGGAACUGCCAUACUUCCGUCUCUGUCUUUUCUACCGGGAUUUCAUCCCUGGAGUGUCCAUCAUCACCAACAUCAUCAAAGAAGGCUUCCAGACCAGCCGAAAAGUCAUCGCUGUGGUCACGGAUCACUUCCUGGAAAGCCGCUGGUGCAACUUCGAACUGGAGGUGGCUCAAUCGUGGCAGUUGGUGGAGACCAAAGCCAGCCUUGUCUUGAUUGUCUUAGAAGGGGUGGACAAAGCAGCCUUACACCGCAAACUGGGGUUGUUCCGUUAUCUACGGAGAAACACCUUCCUGACCUGGAAAGACCGAGACCUCAGCCGUCAUGUCUUCUUAAGGCAGUUGAGGUCGGCGUUGCUUGAAGGCAAAACAUGGACUGAAGAUGAACUCAGGCUAAUGUUGAAAAAUGGGUGAGGUCUACCACUUUUGAUGCCCAACUGAGCCGGCCAGUCUAAUUUAAGGAAGACUUCAAGAAUAGGUGAUCUCGCCUUUAGAAUUUCCGUUUGGGACCUAAUAUCCCAAUGUCUAUGGAGAUUCUCAGCCAUCCAGGUCAUGGUUGUCCCAAAGGCAGAGGAGGGGAGCUGCUGGUUCGCACCGGUUCGGGCAAACUGGUAGUUAAGAUUCUGUGCAGUUCGGCGAAUCGGCAAAUCCCACCACUGGCUGUCCUCGGCCCCACUUGUUUUUCAGUUUGUUUUCUGAACCAUUUUCAGAUUGUUUUUCAGGCCAUUUUCAGGCUGUUUUCCAGGCUCAAAAAACAACCUGAAAACGGCUUGAAAAACAGCCAAAAAAACCAGGCCAGAAAUAGGCAUGGGCGAGGCCCACCAUUGGUGGGAUUAGCCCCAAGCAGCUAAAUCCUACCUCCACCUUUGUGGCGAGUGGCUGGGAGGCGGAGCUGGGUGUGAUGAGUGACAUCACCCAUCCAGUCACAUGAUCAACUGGCCACGCCUACCCAGCCAGAGAACUGGUUGUUAAGUUAUUCGAGUCCCACCACUGACCAAAGGUGCUUUUUUUUCAAGAGGCAACUGGACUUUCUGGUUUUUCUUUGAAGACCGAAGAAGGAAAAUGUCUUCAAAAAAUAACCAGAAAGCCCAGUUGCCUCUUGAAAAAAAAGCAUCUUUGGGACAUAAUAUCCUCAGCCAUAGCCAGACCCAUUUAUUUGGGGUGUGCCUGAGCCGGGGGUUGGACUAGAAGACCUCCAAGGUCCCUUGCAACUCUGUUAUUCUGGAUGAGGAACAUAGAAACUAUGAUAAUAUGAACAAGUGAAAGGUGUAUCCUGGAAUGAGUUUCUGUUCUGGGAAUUAUUUUCUACAGUGGUGAAAUCCUCCGUGGUUUGCCACCCUUUCGCUGCCCGCGCAUGCGUGGUAUGCACCAAAUGCAUGCUGCAUGCGCAUGCAUGUUAUGCAACGUGGGGUGUGUGUGCUUGCGCAAUGCACACCAAACACACGCUGCACAUGGGAGCAUGAGCAGUGCGCAUCAAAUGCACACUUCGCAAGGAAAAAGGCGGCCUAAGAAGGUAAAUAGAACAGUGGAGGGGGGGGAACAGUUUUUUAGAUUUGCUAAAAAGCAGGAUUUCCUGUUUUCUAGUGAAUAUUAAUUGCGUGGCACAGUUGAUCAUCAGAAAUAUCGGUUCGGACGAACUGGUAGCAUUUUUUUUUUACUAACGGUUCACUCGAACCGGUACGAACCGAUAGCAUUUCACCCCUGAUUUUCUAUAUAUGUGGUAUCCAAGAAAGAACUGAUAAGAAAAACAGACACCGCAUUUUGACAGAAGCUAUGACAUCCUUCUUUUUUUAAAAAAAAAAAUGCUGAAAAAAUAUAAGUUAAUUUGUGUGACACUAAUGGAAAUGACUGAGGAACGUUCGUAAAUAAAUGUCUUAAUUAUUCCACUCUUACUUUGUCAAUGCUUAGCAACCUAAUGACAGCAAAAGGUGCUGAGCAUUGACAAAGGGGAGGGGGAUAAUAUUUUAAAUCUGCAGAUGCGAGGUUUAAAAGCAAAGGUGUGCACGACAGCUUUGGUUCUUAAAGGCCACAGGUGUAGCAUUUCUGCACCCUUCUCUCGGGUGUUUAUGUGUUUGUGUGAACGUUUGCAUUCUUCCUUGUGAUGAAGAAUGUUUCUUUCUUCUUUCAGGCACACGUGAAAUGACUGAUUUCUAAUGCACUCUAUUUGUUAAUUUUGGAGUAAUUCUUUUGAAUUGGUGGUUGGGAAUGUGCAAUUUUGGGUCAUUAGUGAUUUUCCUGCAUAUAUGUAGAAGUGUUGGCUAACCUCUACAUUAUAUUUGGGAACAUAUUUGUCGAUGGAAAGGUCGGCAGUUCAGCGGUUUGAAUCCCUAGCGCCGCAUAACGGGGUGAGCUCCCAUGGCUUGUCCCAGUUUCUGCCAACCUAGCAGUUCGAAAGUAGGUAAAAAAAUGCAAGUAGAAAAAAAUAGGGACCACCUUUGGUGAGAAGGUCACAGCGUUCCGUGCACCUCUGGCGUUGAGUCAUGCCGGCCACAUGACCACGGAGACGUCUUCGGACAGCACUGGCUCUUUGGCUUUGAAAUGGAGAUGAGCACCGCCCCCUAGAGUCGGGAACGACUAGCACAUAUGUGCGAGGGGAACACUUGAUUUACAUCAAUUUAAAUCAUAAUUUUUAAAGAGCAACGGUCAUCUCUGUCCCGCAGCAGCUCCUCCUCUGACCCACUGUUGACUCACCGAACGUCCCAGUCACUUUAAUGGGAUGGCUGGUGAUGCAACAGAAUACAACAAGGUGAGGAAGGUGGCAGGCAGCAGGUGAGUCGAUGCCCGCUAACAGGAGCUGCUGCCAUGAUGGAUCUGAAACGGCAGGCACUCUUUAAAUGUAAGGACUCAUUCUUGGCUGGUAGUUAGAACCUUUAAUAUGAUUAUUUGCAAGCAAAACGAAGGUUUCUUAUUUGGCUUGCAGAGUUUGGAUUCACUGAAUAACUUUACCCCCGAAAAAUAUUAAUAUUGCAGAAUAUACAACAUAACUAAGCUCCUUUUCUUGCUGAACAAAUGAAAUUAUUUAUGUAUCUUAAAUGGAAAACUAGAUCGAUUUUUUUUAUUCCAUUAGCAUUUUAUUAAAAUAAAUUUGACAAAAAUUUUAAAAAAUCUGAGUUCAAUCCCCAAAAAUCCGAUUUUAAUAAUAAAAAAAAAUUCUGUUUUUUUUUUAAAAAAAAUAUCAUUCAUUUGUAUCCACCCUGGCCCACUGCUCUCAUUCUGAAUUGGAAGAUUGUUGUUUAAUUGCAGUUUAUUUCCAUGCUGUUUCCAUUUCUCUGGUGUAAAAGAAGACAAAUUGGUUCCAUCGUCAAAUGGCAUUAUGAGAUGUUAUUAUUAAUUAAGGGAAGUGCUCUUUGAUUUAUUCAACUUAACGAGCUGGCCAAUUGGAUUGACACUGAGAGGCUUAACAUACAAUCACAAUAAUAAUAAUAAUAAUAAUAAAAAGGCCAACAUGAAGUAUUCAAAGCAGAAUAAAAUAAAUGUGAACCCGAAAAUUAGAUGAUGGCGAUGAUGCAAACAUCCCAUGAAAUCAACCACUGGGUCUUUAAGAGAAGAGCCAAGUGUUCAAGGGUUGCUUAAAGAAUGGCAAGGUUGGGGCAUCAGAAACCGAGGCACGCCCAGCACCGACAAGGGCCGGAAGAAGCGCCAGCAAGAGAUGAGGCUCUGGAGAAUCAGCCCCAGCAGCUUCUCCAUCUCCCGCUAUCGCCCUUACCUUUUCAGGCCAGGCGAGGAGUGACUGGGAGGGGAGGGCAAGGGGCGGGGCCAGCCAGUGGUGGGAUCACCCAACACGGAGCCACAGCAGGGGGACGAAAGAGCUGCAUGCGGCUCUGGAGCUGCGGGAUGCCGACAGCCAGUCUAUCCCUAUUGGAUUGUAUUCUGUUCUGUUCUAUGCCAUGCCAUGCCAUUUCCUAUCCCUAUCCCUAUCCCUAUCCCUAUCCCAUCCCCUAUUCUAUUCUAUUCUAUUCUAUUCUA